AUGGAAAUCCAGGGGCUCUCUGAAGCCCAAAACAAUCAUUCUCAACAUGGCGCCCUGUGUGGACCCACUUUGUCAACGCUUCCGAAGUCUUCUGCUCCGAACACCGCUUUUAUCUCUUCAAAAUGUGAAGUGGACGGACUGCGCCAGCCCCAAAGUGACAACAACAAUAACAGUGGGCCGCAGAGAAAACAUGGCAGCCCGCCUUCGCCUGCUCUCACACACUCUAUUAGGAGGAACACAGGCUCCGGCUCCAGGAAACAUGCUCAGUCCUCUCCAGACCCGAACACCCACACGGACUGGAGCACUGAGGCCGGGAGCGGGCACAGGACCCCGGGGCAGGAAGCGCCGAGCCCCGCCAUGACACUGGACGAGCCCCCGGUCUCUGCUCUGAACAGCCCGCCUGCAGAGGAGCGCGGUGCGGCGGACCUCCAGCGCCUGUACGUGGUCCUGACUGUGGCCCCGAACGGCGACAAGAGCCACGCGGACCUGGAGGCGCUGUCCACGACCAGAGAGCCCGACAGCGCGACUGAGAACUGCUUUCUGCAGAUUGAAGAAGGCCUUAUGUUUGAGGCCAACGAGAACCUGAGUGCUCUUAAAACUGACGCCUUGGUGAUGAACGACCAUAGUUUGUGUUUACCAGAUGACAGCUUUAAUAGUAAACGGACUGAGGAACAGAAACUGACGGAAGAGGCCAUUUUCACUCAGAACUGUGCUGAUAGUUUACAUAAUUGCAAAGUGCCCAUAGAGGACUUGGACGACAGCAGUGCCUUCGUUUCAGUGGGUUCAGAUUUGAUAGAAACAUUUGACAGCUCUGACAUGAAUGCUGAUGGGGAACAGAUCAGUGCCAACCAACUUACCAUGAACUCGGAUAUUACCCCAAGCAAUGAAACAUUUUCUGGGACCAUUAUGAUCAACAACCAAAAUAUAAUUGUAACUAUUGACAAUGGCUUCCUGGCCUUCACCCCUCCUCCGGGGGGAUAUGUCCACAAGGAAGAGGACAUGGUCACAAUCAAAGACCAUCUUGGCAUGAAGGACUAUGAAGAUUAUGUUCUUCUUAAUUAUGAUGGAGGUGCAAAGAGCAUUGGUAAGAUAAGUACCCAGGCUCUCCCCAGCUCCAGUGAAGUUAAGGACUCAGAACAGCCUCUGGAUGAUGGUUCAUCCAUAUACACGUUAACCGAGGCUGACCUAGUCACCGCAUCUCCCAAAGUAGUUGCUGAAAGUGAAGAGGCACACAGCCCAAUUAAAUCAAGGAAAGACUCCAUUUCCCUUUUUACAUGUCCUGAACCUGGGUGCACCAUCUCAUUUCUGACGAGACAAAAGCUCAAAGUUCAUCAGUUAAACCAUGCUGACGAUCCAAGACCGUUUCAAUGCCCUGUGGAGGGCUGUGGUUGGGCUUUUGCUACCUCCUAUAAAUUAAAGCGGCAUCUUCAGUCCCAUGACAAACAGCGGCCCUUUGAGUGCACAGUGGAGGGAUGUGACAGACGCUUUACUACUGUUUAUAACCUCAAAGCACAUAUUAAAAACCACAAACAGGACGAUGCCUUUGCGUGUGAUAUCUGCAGUGAGAGGUUCCGCAGUGCCAAUCGGCUUGCCAGUCACCAGAGAGUUCACUUUGAACCCCAGAGGCCUCACAAAUGUGAUUUUCCAGGUUGUGAAAAGACCUUCAUGACCUUCAGUGCCCUGUUCUCCCAUAAUCGGACACACUUCAGAGAGUCGGGUCACUUCUCCUGCACUUUCCCUGGUUGUGAUAAAACUUAUGACAAGGCCUGCCGCCUGAAGAUCCACCUCCGGAGUCACACUGGUGAACGGCCAUUUGUGUGCGACGCUGAAGGCUGUGGCUGGUCCUUCACGAGCAUGUCCAAACUGCUCAGACACAGACGAAAACAUGACGAUGACCGUCGCUUCGUUUGUACGGAGGAGGGCUGUGGUAAGUCCUUCACUCGGGCUGAGCACCUGAAGGGUCACAGCAUCACCCACCUGGGCACAAAGCCUUUCCAAUGUCACGCAGAAGGUUGUACAGCCAGGUUCUCAGCUCGCAGUAGCCUUUACAUUCACUCAAAGAAGCACAAACAGGAUGCCAGCAGUCUGCGCAACCGCUGUCCAGUGGCGGACUGCACCAAGCACUUCUCAUCCCGCAGCAGCCUCAAGAGCCACAUGCUAAAGAGCCACCACAUCAGUCCUGAUAUGCUAAGUCAGAUGGAGAUGACUCCGGCUCUGACUCCCAGCAGUGAGUUGGUCAGCCCGUCUCCUGCUCUGGUUCCUGCGGGCGGCUCGGUGGUAGAUCAGCUGACUAAUCUGGACUUGAGCUCUCUGUUGUCUGAAGUAUCAGCCGGUACCGUGCACAACGUUGGAAUACCUGUGAGCGGCACAUCUUCAUCUGGGAUGUUCACCAUGGACCUGUCAAUGGUCAAUCCAGGGAUUCUUACAAUCGACCCUUCUUCAGUGGGCUCUAACCUGAGCAGUGGGACCCCCACAACCCUGGCCAAAGCUGUAGAUCCUCUGUUGCUGUCAGCUGGAGUAGAGGUGGGCUCUCAUGAGGUCCUGGAGAGGUCUGUGGAAGAAGUGCUGCCCCCACAAGGGACACUAAACCUGGACGAUGUGCAGAGCGUGACUCCGGAGGCCCUGGGCUCCUUGGGUAACCUAAGUAUGCAAGGGACUGUAGUGUCGGCGGACUCCCUCAGUGUGGAGGCCACUGCUCCAGUGGUGGAGCUUCUGGCCUCUCCCCCUAAAGGUGCAGAGGGCUGUGGCUCUGGUCAGGGCCCUUUGCUGAGCUGUGUGGAGGUGAUGGAGACUCAGGAGGGGGAGAAGGUGCUCACACAGUUUGUGUUCCCUGGACCUGGAAGCAGCUUUAGCCCACAGAAGGACUGCGAGCGCCCCAAUGCAUCACCCAGCGGCUUCUUGGAAACUGGCGGAUCAGCGCGGACCGACUACAGAGCCAUUCAGUUGGCAAAGAAGAGAAAACAGAGCGGACCCGCCUCAGUGAAAAGAGCUAAGCUCGUGAAAGCAGCUGCAGGGCCUCUGUCUGCAGCUGCGUUCAGUGAAAGCACGGGCUCCAGGGCCCUGAGUCUGCGGGACGCUCAGUAUGUGCACAUUCAGCUGCUGCAGGAUGAUCCAGCGUCGGAUGGAGACCUUGCGUUCCAGCUGACUUCUCAGCCGUCUAGUUCUCAUGCUCAGCUCACUGUGGAUUUGCCGGUCAACAUUUUACAGGAGCCGUCAGGGAUGACGGAGGAGGAGAAUAACUCAGAGAGCUCCCAGUUCACAGGAAGCACCAUAAACCUCCAGGACCUGGAGUGA